UUCAUUUGUUAUUUGUUAUGUGAUAGAGAGAGCAAGAAAGACGGUGCUGACUGCUAAGAAAGAAAGAGAAUCUCACAGACAACCUUCCUCAUUCUACCUUUACAUAUUUGCCUUUGCCUUCAAAGAAACACAGAAAUCAGGGGCAUUUUGUGUCAUUGUUAUGCUCUUCACUUAACUUAAGGGUUAUGCUUGUUUUUUUGUUUUUGGUGGAUUGUGUUUUGUGAGUUGUUAAGUUGGUGAAUUGAUUUGAUUUUACCAGUGUUGUUGUUGUUUAGUUUGGAGGAUGGUUUUUGAUUGGUUUGGUUUAUAGAGGAGUGUUUGCGUAUGUGUGUGUUGAAGAUUGAAGUGGAGUUGGUGUUCAAUGGAUUGGAAGAGAUCUACUUUGAAGUUCAAGACAGUUAAGAUCUAUGGAGAUGUUCUAUUGGGAUUUUUGUUGAUUUGCAUAAUUCAGAUUUCAAGUGCUGUCACUGAUCCCACUGAUGUUGCUGCACUUAAUAGCUUAUAUGCUUCACUGGGAUCUCCUCCUCUCCCUGGAUGGGUUGCUAGUGGCGGAGAUCCAUGCGGAGAAGGGUGGCAAGGCAUUCAGUGUAAUGGUUCGUUCAUUCAAAAAAUUGUUCUGAAUGGUGCAAAUUUGGGAGGAGAACUGGGCGAUAAUCUGGCAACAUUUGUUACAAUCUCAGUAAUCGAUCUGAGCAACAACAACAUUGGAGGAAGCAUUCCAUCCAAUUUGCCAGUUACCAUGAGAAACUUUUUUCUUUCAGCCAACCUGUUCACUGGAAGUAUUCCAGCCUCUUUAUCCACUUUAAUUGGAAUGACAGACAUGUCUCUGAACAACAAUCAUUUAACUGGAGAAAUACCAGAUGCGUUUCAGUCACUUACGCAAUUGAUCAAUUUAGAUUUAUCUAGUAAUAAUCUGAGCGGGGAACUACCUCCUUCAGUGGAGAACCUGUCAUCCUUGACCACCCUGCGCUUGCAGGAUAAUCAACUAUCCGGGACACUUGAUGUUUUACAAGAUCUUCCUCUGAAAGAUUUGAAUGUCGAGAACAACCAAUUUGCUGGCCCAAUACCUCCAAAGUUGCUAAACAUUCCUACGUUCAGACAAGCUGGAAAUCCAUUUAAUGAUAAUGCCACGGCACCAAGUGCUCCUCCACCUGGCUCUCAAGUACCACCACCACCAGGAGCACCGGUUUCUGGAGCACCAUCUUCUGUUAAUGGAGUACCAUCUUCUGUUAAUGGAGUACCAUCUUCUGGUUCUGGAGUACCAUCUUCUGGUUCUGGUUCUGGUUCUGGCCGUGUACCUACCAAACAAGCUGAUGGACCUACUGUAGCGACUGAAUCAAAAUUUGGGAGAUCCAAAAAACAUACCAAAAGGGUGGUUUUGAUAUCUAUUGCAAGUGUAUUGGUAUUCGUUAUUUUUGUACUAGCACUCGUUUUAUUUGUUCCAAGAUGUGGUAGAAGGGAACGGGUUGACAGAAGGUCCAGGCAACGUCAAAUCGGUGCAUAUGGAGGUGAAAGACAAAAUGCUAGAGAUUACGAAGCUGUUGUUGUCCAACCACCUAUUGGAACAGAAAAAGUACCACCAACAGUGGAUGUUUUGAGGCCAAAAGAUGAUCACCAAGAAGAGCCUAGGAGAGUUUGGGCUGUUCCAAAUGCACAGGAUAAGCAAGAGAAGGAUGUGCAAAGAAUGGUGGCAAUACCAAAGUCGAGAGAUCAGGAAAUAGAUAUCAGUACACCAGAAGUGUAUUCUAUGCCUCUUCCACCUCCACCUCCGCCACCACCUCCACCUCCACCUCCACCGUCACCACCACCACCACCACCUCCUCCUCAUCCUCUUCCUACUAAGAGGGUGAUCGCUGAGCCAACCACUUCCCACAGAGUGACUAAUGUCAAUCCAUCCUUAAGAAGUUCAAUUCUUCCUCCCACUUUUGCAAAAUCUUUCACCAUUGCAUCCCUUCAACAGUAUACAAAUAGCUUUUCUCAAGAAAAUCUUAUAGGAGGAGGCAUGUUGGGCACUGUGUACAGAGCAGAGCUUCCUGAUGGGAAGCUACUUGCUGUAAAGAAAUUUGACAAAAGAGCCUCUACUCACCAUAAGGACGAUGAGUUUCUUGAAUUAGUAAACAAUAUUGACAGAAUAAGACAUUCAAAUAUUGUUGAGCUUAUUGGAUACUGUUCAGAACAUGGUCAAAGGCUUCUGAUCUUCGAGUACUGCAGUAACGGAUCACUAUAUGAUGCACUUCACUCGGAUGAGGAAUUGAAAGCAGCACUAUCAUGGAAUACUCGCAUUCGGAUAGCACUUGGGGCAGCUAGAGCCUUAGAAUAUUUGCAUGAGCAAUGUCAGCCACCUGUGAUACACAGAAAUUUGAAGUCUGCCAAUAUUCUCCUUGAUGAAGAUCUAUCAGUGCGUCUAUCUGAUUGUGGUUUAGCUCCAUUAAUAGCUUCGGGAUCUGUAAGUCAGCUCUCGGGGAACCUGCAAUCAACUUACGGCUAUGGAGCUCCAGAAUUUGAGUUAGGAACUUACAAUUACCAAAGUGACAUAUACACCUUUGGAGUGAUUAUGUUAGAACUUUUGACUGGCCGUCAGUCUCACGACAGGACACGUCCACGAGGGGAGCAAUUUCUUGCUAGAUGGGCAAUUCCUAAACUUCAUGAUAUUGAUGCACUAUCAAAAAUGGUUGAUCCUUCUUUAAAUGGAGUUUUCCCUGCAAAGUCGUUGUCAAAUUUUGCAGACAUUAUUUCUCGAUGCCUUCAGUUGGAGCCAGAAUAUAGACCGGCAAUGUCUGAGGUCGUCCUAUACUUACUAAAUAUGAUAAAGAGGGAGUCUGAGGCAAGUGAUUCAAAUGAAAAAUAAGAAUGGUGGUGAUAUUUGUUCAUGAAUUGCUGUGCAAAGAUUUAGAAACUGAAUAAUCAGAGAGUAACGUGCAAGAUUUCAUCAUAUACAUGUUACCUAAGGAGGGCCCCAUUAGUUGUCUCCACGUUUUAUUACUUUCUGCUAACCUGCUCAACAACAUUCACAUGUUCAGUUUGACAAGGAAUUUUGUCCAAUCAACUUCAUAGAAAAGAUUGGAGUUGCCAACACUACUCGUAUGUAGUUUUGUAUUAUCGGAUAAUGUCUUGUUCAUUACACCAUGUCCUGAUAGUGUUGCAUAGGUGUGCCAACUAACCCAUUUGUUUGAUAAUUGUUUCCAAAUUCUUAAUAAUGAAAAUGUAGUAAUUCAGAUGUGCAUACUUCCUUGUGGUUUUUAUGUUAAUCCUUGAUAACAAAAGUUUGUUAGUUAUUUCAUUUGUACAAAAUCAACUCGAGUGUUGUAAUUUAAUAUACUGAUUGUUCUACUUUGUAAACUUCACAACGAUAUUUAUUGCCCUUUUCUUUUCUUAUUGCAA